AUGGGGAAAGUAUUACAGAAAAAGAAGAAUCGGUCUUCGAAUCCAAAGGUCAAACACAAGAGUAAGAAGGCCAAGAAUGGGAAUAAGAAGAUAAACGUCUUCGGAAAUGCAAUCAUCAAAAGCAACUGGGACAAGAAGUUAACUCUCACCCAGAAUUACCGUCGCCUCGGACUUACUUCUCGUUUAAAUGCACCUACUGGAGGGAUUGAGAAGAAGAUAUCUAAAGAGGGAAACGAAACCACACAGUCUGGAUUGAAUGAGCCGUUCCGUGUCCCACAGCAGAAACGAAGCAAGAAGCUCCAGCCAGGUGAAGUCCGCGUUGAACGUGACCCGGAAACAGGAAAGAUUCUGCGCGUCAUCAGUGGAGACAAUGAAGAGGACCAGACCAUUGAAAUAGCAGGACGAAAGCGAAGAAGGGAUAAUCCAUUGAAUGAUCCGCUGGAGGAUCUACCAGAAGAUAGUGAGAUGGCACUUGAUGGCCCCCGUGGCACUUCAUCGUCACUCGAUGUUGUGGCGGAACUGGAGAAGCAGGCUGCGGCCCAGGAAGAACAGUUGAAAAAUAAGAAACCCAGACACCAGAGCAAGCGAGAAGAAGAGUGGCUUGAGGCCCUGGUACAAAAAUAUGGUGACGAUACCGCACGAAUGGCAAGGGAUAAGAAACUUAACCCCAUGCAGCAGACUGAGGCGGAUAUUGCGAGGAGGUUGAGGAAGAUGAAGGCAAGCAAAGAGCGGGAAUAA